GUGGCGUGGCGUCGAGCCUGGCUGGGCUGGCCGGCAUUGAGCAAGUCUUCGGGGUUGGGGUAGCCUGGGCAGCCGAGAGCAGCCGAAGCGAAGCACAGCGAAGCGGUCCUCCUCCAGGCCGGCCGAUCCGACCGCUCGGUCGCCGCAGCCCCGCGCCGCCCCGCGCCGCCCCGCAGGACCUCGGCGGCAGGACGGCCGCCCGUCCGUGUUGUCGUCCUCGUCCAGUUCAGUUCGUCUGCGACCAUCGACGAGGCCAGGCACGCUGCGCGGCGCGGCCUGCAGUGCCGCGAGUCCGGCGUGUGUCCGUGUGUUAGUGCUGUGUGUGUGAACGUGUUUCCCGUGAUAUGCUCUGAGCGGAGCCUCAAAACCAGUGUCCCAAAUGCAUCUACCGCCGCCCGGGGAUUUAGUGUACGACAUUCGCCGGGCGAGUCUGCCGCACCUCAACAACAACAACAACAAGGAGGUGGUGUCGAGCUACGAGGCGCGCAGCAGCAGUAGCAGCAGCAGCGAGGCGCCCGCCAUGGCGGCCACCACCACGGCGCCGUCGUCGACGGCGUCCGCGUCCCCGCCGGCCCAGGACGCCGCCAACGGCGCCAACGGCAUGCAGGUGCCGGACUUCUACUCCGGCCUGCACGAGGCCCUCCAGGAGUACCACGGCGAGCUGGUGCAGACGGGCAGCCCCGCCGUGCUGUGCUCGGCCCUGCCCACGCACUGGCGCUCCAACAAGUCCCUGCCCAUGGCCUUCAAGGUGGUGGCCCUGGACGACGUCCCCGACGGCACCCCCGUCACGGUCAAGGCCGGCAACGACGAGAACUUCUGCGGCGAGCUGCGCAACUGCCAGUCCGUCAUGAAGAACCAGGUGGCCAAGUUCAACGACCUGCGAUUCGUGGGGCGCAGUGGCAGAGGGAAGAGCUUCUCGCUGACCAUCGUCAUCAACUCGUCACCGUUCCAGGUGGCCACCUACAUGAAGGCCAUCAAGGUGACGGUGGACGGCCCGCGGGAGCCCAGAUCCAAGUCGAACUUCCACUUCAUGCCCGGGCACCCCGGCUUCGGCUCGCUGGCGAGCAUGUUCCCGCCGCAGUGGCUGGACGCCGCCUACCUCAGCUACGCCUGGCCCGACUACUUCCGGCGGCCGCCGCAGCUGCCGCAGCAGGCGCCACCGUCGCAGGACCCGCUGUGCAAGAUCCCGGGGCUGUGCCCCGUCAAAGGUGACCCCGCCCUGCCCGCGGACUUCUACCCCGGCCUGCCCCCGGCCGGCCUCCCCUACGGCGCCGCCCCCGGCGCCUACCUGCCCGGCCUGGGGUACCCGACGCUGCCCCCGCACGCGCCGCCCCACGCCGCCCCCGCGGACCUGCUGGCGGCGUCCUCGCUGCACAAGUCGCCGCACUCGGCCUUCUCGUCGGCGUCCCUGCCGGCGCACCCGUCGCCGCUCGGCCUGGUGGUGGCCACGCCCGCCACGCCGGACAGGACGUCGUCGCCGACGUCGUCGUCACCGCCACCGCGGCGGCGGCGCGCCUCACCGUCGUCGCACCGCAGCGGCGACAGCAACAGCAACCACAGCGACUCGGGGAGCUCGGACGCCGAGGAGGUGAUCGACGUCGUCAAGUCCGCCUUCCAGCAGGUUCGCCCCGCCGGGCUGCACGUGCCCGUCGCACUCACCACGCCGCCGUCCCCCGCGUCGCCGGCCGGCCGCGCGCUGCCCCUGCCCACCGCCACCGCCACCAGCCCCAAGAGGCCGAGGACGCCGACGAACGAGCGGUCGCCCGCCGCCGUCAUCGGCUCCACGGAGUGCCACAAGAGCCCCGUCAUCCGGCCGUCGCACCAGCAGCACAAGCACGUCUGGAGGCCGUACUAGGACUCUGUCGCCCUCCCUCUCGCACCGCGGUCCAACCCCAUCGCCCAAUCAACUCAUUUUGGCGGCAGCCCACUGUGUCUCAUAUCUUGUAUUGUAAGACGUAGCUUUAACAGCGUGGGCGGCUGGCGCGAACCUUCGAAACCGGCUCUGUGUGUUACAAAACUAGUUUGUACUCGUCCUGGCUGUGAUCCUCUCUUUGCAAGGCCGUUUCGAAGUUUCGGUGAAGUGUCGGUCGGGGCGCCCGGUGCCCCUAAAGUUAACCACCCCUCCCUCUAUUCCAAAGACUGCCUGCUUCGACGUGGCAAUGAUACUGUGUACCUACAUUUGUAUAUAUCAGAAUGUACAUAGUGUAUAUGAGGAGAAGUAGCAAAGAUGCACAAACACUGUAAAUCAAAUAAUUAUAUGCCCAACAUCAAGGGAGUUAUGUAGAGUGGCUCGUCAUAGUUUUUUUUAUCGUCCAUGCCAGUUGGAUUCCCCAGCGUUGUAGUAUUCCUUCAAAAUUAAAGGAUUCGGUCAUAAAUUAGCUUUGUACUGAAUUAGAUGUGAUGGAUCCUGUAUUUGUACCAAUUAAUGUACUGUCAUAUCUUGAGUGAAAUUUGUAGAUCAUAUGUCUACAUUUAACCACUGAAAUUUUAUGUACCGCACUUAAUACCGUAUCAAACUCAUAGUCUAAGUCACCCAUUCCAGAAAGCUUUCACUCUUCCUAUGGAGAAUUGUUUUGCUUCUUCGUGUAAAAAAAUUGACCUUGCGUAGUUAUUUUUCUACUAAGAUGAGCCCAAAAUUUGAUGUUAUCUUUACCGUGGACGCAUGUCUAUUCUGUAGCAUUCGCCCCAAACAAAUUGUGAUAUCCAAAGAUUAUAUAAAAUAUCAUUUUAUUAUCAUAGUUAUGAGAGUACUGUAAAAAUAAAAUUAGUACAGAAACUUUACACAUA